GGCUACAAAUAUGUGUGCUAUUACACCAACUGGUCUCAGUAUCGUCCAGACAAGGGUAGGUUUGUGCCUGAAAAUGUGGAUCCGUCCAUCUGCACCCAUAUCAUCUAUUCCGUCGCAACCUUUACAGACAGCCUGGUACUGAAGACCUACCAGAAUAAUGAUGAGACAGCCUAUGGCAAAAUCAACGCUCUGAAACUCAGAAACACUGGACUGAAGACCCUGAUUUCUAUAGGAGGAUGGAACUUUGGGGUAAAUCUCUUUUCAACAAUGGUCUCCACCUCAGAUAAUCGAGCCACCUUCAUCAACUCGGUCAUAGCCUUCCUCAAGAAGUACAGGUUUGAUGGGCUUGACGUUGACUGGGAGUUCCCAGCCAGGAAUGGGAGUCCCGCUGAAGACAAGCAGCGCUUCACUCUGCUUGUAAAGGUGAGGACAGUGACCACUACCUUGGGUUUCCUACUGGAGCCUAGAGGGGACAUUCACUUUCAGGAAAUCAAUAUUGACUGUACUUUUCUAUUCCCCAGGUAUGUGGAUUUUAUCAGUGUGAUGACCUAUGAUUUAAAUAGUGUUUGGAUGAUGGUCACUAGCCACCACAGUCCACUCUAUGCAUCAGCAGACAACCCUAACAGCCAAGCAACUGUGGAAUUUGGCAUUAAAUACUGGCUGACUCUCAAAGCACCAGCGAGCAAGCUGCUCCUGGGCUUCCCGACCUAUGGCCGAUGCUUCACUCUUGCUGAUCCGGCCAAAAAUGGCGUGGGUGCACCCAUCACUGGAACAGGAAAACCUGGAAACUACACCAAAGAGGCUGGAUUCUGGUCCUACUACGAGGUCUGCUCUGAGCUUAGCGCUGGGGCCACUUCGCUCUGGCUGUCAGACCAGAAGGUGCCCUGUGUCGUCAAAGACAACCAGUGGAUUGGCUACGACGACGAGAAAAACUUUCAUUGGAAAGCUGAGUGGAUGAAGAACAGCAGGCUAGGUGGAGUGAUGAUCUAUUCAAUGGAUCUGGAUGAUUUCAGUGGAAAGUUCUGUGGCAGUGGUACCUACCCCCUGAUGAAGAAACUGAGAAGCUGCCUGAAUAUCACAAGCACAGAUAUUGUUCUUAAACCAGAAACAACCUUCACCACCCAAAAGAUUCCUUCAAAAGCCACCUCCUCUGCCCUUUCCUCCAGGAUACUUCUAACAGGACUGAUUUAUUUAUCUAUUUAUGCAUUUGUUUGUUUAUUUUAAGAGAAAAAUGGUUGCUUCCUGCAGUAAAAAAACAAUUAAUUGGAAAACAGAAAAUUGCCAACUUGAAUGUCCCUGAAAGCGACUAAUUAGAAAGUUUAAUCACAUUGAAAGAUACAGAAUUUUGUUUUAAUACUAAAAAUGAUUUUUGCAAAAUACAUUUUUUAUUCCAAAUGUAUUUUACUGCAUUAUUCUUGUACAUUUAUUCACACGAAGGUUGGUAACACUUUACAUUAAUUGUCUCUAAUGACUAUGUAUUUACAUAGUAGUUACUUAGUAAAUAC